AGUUCUUCCCGAUCCCUCACAAAAAAAAAAAAAAACAAAAAAAAAAACAGUUCUUCCCGUCCCUGACGGCCGACUCCCCAGCGACUGAGCCGCCCCAUCCCCGCCGCGGCGCUGCCUCGCCGGCUCGCUGCCUUCGCCGGUCGCCGGCCGGAGCCCAGACACGCAGGAGGACCCUUCCUCUCCUUCCUGCCCGCUUGGCCCUCGGCGGCAGCGGCGCCCCUCUGCGAGCUGCGACCCUGCCCUGCCACGGUCGUCUGGCUCCCCUGCAAGGCCGGCGGCAGCCUCCUGGUCACCAGGCCGGCACUCGGCCAGCAGAAGGUCAGCAACCCUGCCCCAUUAGCCUGAUUUAAGGCUGAAUAGAUUAUUUGGGACCAAUGGAAGAGGAAGACUAUAGCACCGAAUCAUCCAAUGAAGAAGACGUGCAGGAAGAUGCUGACAAGGAAAAAACCCUUGCUGAGGGCCAUGUCUUUAGGCCGGUUGAUAUAGAUCCAGAAUGGAUACCUAAAGUAGGGAUGAUAUUUGAUUCAGAGGAAGACGCCUUUCAGUUCUAUGUCGCAUAUGGCUGCCGCUCUGGUUUUGGUAUCACAAGGAGAUCUAACAACACCUUUGAUGGUUUCCGCUAUCGCUCUACCUUCAUAUGCUCUAAAGGAGGGCAAUCUAGGCUCAGAUCUGGUGUUACUAGGCCUGCAAGAAAGCGAGGCACAAAGACUGGCUGCAAGGCUAAGAUCAUUGUCAAGGACGCCCAUUUUCAGAAUCGCUGGGAAGUUAUUGUUCUCGAGUUGGAGCAUAACCAUCCACUGGAUCCCAGUUCGGUUAAAUAUAAGAAGCAUUUGGAGAACUUCCCUUUCUCUCUAAAUCCACCUCGCUCGUCUGAGGCACCGCAGAGUUGCUCAGUUGUUGCACAUUCUAGUAGUUUUGGAGAUAGUGGCAUACCUUCAUCUGCCCAGAUUGAAAUCAAGACCAAGAUAGACAGAAAUAGAAAACUGAAGCUUGGUGAAGGAGAUCUAGAGGCAUUAGUGAGGUUUUUCAACGACAUGCAAGACCGAAACCCGUGUUUCUUUCACAGUUUAGACAUGAAUGAGCAAGGACAGCUAAGGAAUGUGUUCUGGGCUGAUGCCAAAUCACGUAGUUCCUACAAUUACUUUGGUGAUGUGGUUGCUAUUAAUGUCACAAACUUCAGUGAUCAGUAUGAUAUACAGUUUGUGUCAUUUGUUGGCACUAACCACCAUGCUCAACCACUGUUACUAGGGUGUGGUUUGCUUGCUGGUAGAUCUCUUGGAGCUUACGUGUGGCUUUUUGAUACAUGGUUAAGAUGCAUGAAUGCCACGCCACCACCUUCAAUAAUUACCAACUAUUGUCAUGAUGUUGCAAUAGCUGUUAAAAAGGUCUUCCCCAAUUCACGGCACCGCUUUUGCCUUUGGCACAUUUUAAAUGAGCUUCCUGAAAAGUUGGCCGGAAUGGAAAAGAAGGAUGAAGUGAUUUCUACUUUCAGCACAUUGGCCUAUGACUCAGUUACUAUGCCUGAUUUUGACAAAGAGUGGCAAGAAAUGAUACAUCAAUUUCAGUUGGAGGGAAAUGAAUGGCUGUCCAAAUUAUACGAGGUGAGGACACAGUGGGCUCCUAUUUAUGUGAAGGAAUUUUUUUGGGCGGGAAUGUCCGUCACAGACAGAAGUGACAGUGCAACUGACUAUUUUGAUGGCUGGUUAACGUCUGGUACAUCUGUGAAAAUGUUCGUUGAGCAGUAUGAGGCAGCCGUUAGAACUAAGCUAGAAAAGGAAACCUACGAGGAUUUGCAAUCAUCUCAGAUGAGGCCACAGUUGAUGACUGGAUUGCCUGUGGAGGAGCAAGCAGCAAAGAUGUACACAACAGAGAUAUUUCAAACUUUCUUGAAUGAAAUAGGGCAUUCAUUUCAGUGCAACUGUAAUAUAUUUGAUCGGACUGAUUCAGUAGUUACAUACAUAGUAUCAGAGCAUGUAAAUCAAACAAAGGUGGACUACAAAGUUGAUUAUGACAAUACUGAAGAUGAUAUAUGGUGCAUCUGCCGGUUGUUCCAAUUUAAAGGUAUAUUGUGCAGACAUGCUCUCACUGUACUGAGGCAGGAGCUUGUACCGAUGAUUCCAUCAAAAUACAUCAUUCAUCGCUGGUGCAAGGAUUGUAAACUAACUUGUUCUUCAAUGUCCCGGGACGUCUCAUUAAGUACUCAGGAGUUGGGAAGUUAUGAUGAUCUCUACAAACUAGGCCACCGAUACUUUGCAGAAGUUGUGGAACUGGGUUCUGUGAACUCGGAAUCAAAAGAUUAUGCUUUGUCAAUCAUGAGGGAGAUCAGGGAUAAAGUGAUUUCUUAUGAGAAGUCACUAAGAGAUCAGAGGGUUGACAGUCAAGUUUCAACUGCUAAUUUUGCAUAUAAUCCAGUGAAUGAGGAUUUUACUGAUGAUGCAUUACCCAUUUCUCUUAGUACGAAGGGCUGGGAUCUCAUGCAAGGUCAGUCAAAACGUUCUCGCAAGAAGAAACUGACGACACCGACAGUUCUUGAUACCCUGAAAAAGAAAACUAAAAGGGCCUAUAACAAGAGGAGGAAUGCCACUGCGAACAACCUAAACACAAUGGUCACCGCAACUGACAGCAUAGCUGAAAGCACAAAUGUUCAGCAGGAUCAAGUAAAUGAGGGAUGGCCAUUAACAUCUAGUGGUGCACCAGAUACCUUCCCUUACGGAGUGGAGACUAUAUCUUUCGAUUUGACACAAUACAACAAUGCGCCAAGCUUCCAUUGGCCUGAAAGCAGUAGCAGGUCUCAGCUUCAGUGAAAGGAGGCAACACUUGGUUGUGCCUUCAUGUAGCCCAUGUCCUAACAUGAUCACAUGAUGGGCAGAGUUAGGACUUGUUCGGUAAUCCACCAGCUCCUCAAAAUUUGAGAAUCUAUGGAGCACUUGUGCAGCCGCUCCACGAAUUUUAACUACAACUCCGUCCGCUCCGGGAGCAGAGCCGCGGAGCGGAGGGACUCCGAACGGGGCCUUAGUGUUGAUAGUUCAGGUCCGACCUUGUUUGGUCUGCUACUACGAGGUUGCUGGCCGUCCGACCAAAGGUGAUUUUUUUUCAAACUUGGCGGAAACCAGUAAAACUACCACCCACUUCUAACCAACUUGGUCUAAAUUGGUUUGGCUAAUCUGUGACGCCCUUGAUUAUCCGCUUCCAUUUCAUGGCCCAUCUGUACAUAUUCAUUUCUGUUUAUUCGGGUCCUUCAAUAUUUCAUGUUCCAUUACUUUGGUUUACUUGAAUCAUGUGAGGCUAGACGAACUUAUAUCUUGAAUAAUUCGACCUGAUGUUAUCCCGUGUACCAUUUCAUGUAGUGCAUUGUUGUGUACGCUUUGUUUAAUAAAAUCAUUUGUUUGGCAGUUA